AUGUCGACAAUCCCUACACCCCCGUCGACGACCCUCUCAGCACCGCCGUCGCCCACCGAACUCCCCAGCACAGCCUUCGAGGUGACGGACGACAGCGACGACGCCGACGACCACGAGACGACAAUGCAGUCGUCCGCUCAACGGAUCAUCAAGACCACCACCACCACCAUCAGGCCCGUCACCGUGCACCCGAAGCCGAUCUACGUGAUUGUCGCGACGAGCCUCAACCCGCCCAUGGGCAUUGGCCAGGCGGGCGGGCUGCCGUGGCCCCCGAUCAAGGCGGACAUGGCAUUUUUCCGGAAAGCCACUACUCAAGUUUCAUCGACGACAGCAGCAGCAGCACCAACAACAUCACCAUCACCAUCGACAAAUCUACCCACCCGCACCCGAACCCUCAAUGCCGUCAUAAUGGGUCGGAAGACGUGGGAGAGCAUUCCACCAAAGUUCCGUCCGCUGGCCGGCCGAUUGAACUUGGUCAUCACGCGCAGCAACCCCAGAGACGUGGGCCAGCAGAUCGCAGACGACUUGAAGUCUCAGAAGCAGAAUGCCGACGUGGACUGGACGGUCUGCGAGAUUCCCUCGCCGGCGAGGGCCAACACCCGGCCGCAAAUAUCCAAGAACACCAUCCCGACACCUGGCACGACUACGACUACGAUUGUCACGCCGUCGUCCUCCUCCUCGUCUUCUUCGACACAGGCACCGAUCUUAGUUUCCUCCUCCAUCGCGUCCACGCUGGUCCUCCUGUCCUCCCCAUCACCCAUCCCCCUUCCAACCGGCGGUGGAGCCGAGGCUCCAAGUCGCGACACCGGCAUAUCAAUCGACAAAAUCUUCUGCAUCGGCGGCGCCGAGAUCUACAGCCAAAUCCUGUCGCUGGCGUCUACGUCCAUGUCUACUAUCGGGGUCGGCAAGCGCGACAAAUCCUCCGGAGCCGCUGUCCCGUCCACCAGUCAACGCUCGACGGGGACCGAGACCGAUACGGACGGCGAAACGGAUGGCGAAUUUGACGUGCGGAUUCUGCAGACCCAAGUGCGGCGCGUUCGUUGCCCGAACAUCGAGGCCGGCGGUGGCGACGGCGGGCCGGAGGUCGAUUUCGAAUGUGACACCUUCUUUCCCGACGCACUGCCUGCCGACCCGAGCAUCAAGUCCGCCAAAUGGAAGCCCGUGCCUCCGCAGCGGCUGAGGGAAUGGGUCGACGGCGUCGAGGUGCCGCAGUGCCAGGGCCAGGAGAUACCAGCCAGUGGCGACGCGCAAGGACAGACGUCCUCCAGCACCAGCCUGGCGACGAAUACAGGAGAAGACGACGAUGCUUGGUAUGACGAUGGGAAAUCCGGUGUGGAGAUUCGUGUGGUGGGAUGGGAGAGACGAUGA